AUCUGACUUUGUUUACACAAAUGCAAUAAUAAUAAUUUAUGUAGUGGGUUUGGAAUUUUGUAACAUGGUUUCGUGUGACUAGUUCUUAAAACAUGGCCAGCUAAGUUGUUAGUUAGAGACCUUCUUCCCUCUCCUCCUACCAUCUCAAACCUGCUUCAUAAACACCUCAACACACACAAAAGCAACUCUCGAUUGCCUCCCCAUAUCUCCUCAACAAAUGAGUGGCAGAGCUUAUGUUGUGAUAUUAUUCUUUUGGGCUGUCCUUACCAUCAUCACCCCGAUGCUCAUCCGGUUGUCGGAGUCCGCAAAACCCACCUUGCAUUUUAAUGGUGAGAGAAGAGAAGGAACAAAUGCUGGAAUACAGAGAUUGUUGCCCAGAAGAGCACUUGUUGUACCUACAGUGCCGCCACAGGCACUGGCUCCACCUCCAUCUCCAGCACCAGCACCCGCACCCUCACCCAUGUCGAAACAAUGGUAUAGAAUUAAAAAAGCUUAUGGAACAAUGACACCGGGGAUCGAAUUGAGUUCAAGUUCGUUCAGAGUGAAUGAAAUUGCGGCACGACUCAAAAGACUAUGACUGCAUUUGUUCAAAUAGUAAUUUUACAAAUUUAUAUUAAAAGCCAGCACUCAAUCGGGCUCAAUGGGAUUGUCUCAUCUCUGAUGUGGUCAGUCAUGAUUGUAGAUAUGUCAUUAGUAGGUACAGCAAAAGGAUUGGAUUAGUACACAAUAAAUGAACAAGAAAAGAGUUACAACUGAGAAUUGGGGUUUUUUGUAUAAUCAUAAAGCGAAAGCAAUGGAAAGGAAUAACUUAUUGAUUA